AGGCCCCCCGGAUAUCUGGUGCCCAACUUUACGAUCCAGAGGAGCUCCGCCCUGUGACGUUGGGCGAGGCUCCAUCUGGGGUUCAUCUCGAGGACAGUCACCCGGACGGAAGACCAACCGUGUCGGACAAAGUGCUGGACCAGACUAUAAAGGGCCUCCACUUCUUCGCGUGUCAAAUUGGGGGUGACCGCAGGUGCGCAGCCCGAGCCGGACAAUGUGAGCCCAUCGGCCUGGACCAUCGCCUGGAAUUCCGGAGGCAAAAGUCCAGGUGUUGUGGAGUGCCUGGGACAAAAGAAGUGCCUGGGACAGAAGGCCACUUACCCGUCGCCUCCCCCGGCGCCCCAGGGAGAUGAGGGACCCGAUCGGGAGGCGAGCAGAGAGGGGAAGGGGGAGGAGGAAUAACAUGGAGCCCCCCACGGUCCUGUCCCCGCUGAGUUGGGACCCGUCGGAGGACGUGGAAGAGUUGUGUGGGGACAUCAUCGGCGAAUGCUCCAAGCGAUCCUGCUCCUCGUCCCGAAGAUCCAGGAGCGGAGCCACGGAGACUGCGGACCCCUGUGGUGAUCCGGGCGGAAGUGCCCUGCGGCGUGUGGGAGGAGACUGGGUCGGAGGAGUCUCCCGUGUGGUGUCGUCCACAGGGCGGCGUUUCUCCCUCUGCUCCCUAGGUGGUUCCCUGGCUGCAGGAGCCGGCGGACGGCGGGGGAGGAAGAUCGGGGCCAUCCGCAAUGGAGGGACCGCUGCUCGAUCCACCUCCGGAGACCAGUCUGAGCGGGGGGCGUCGGUGCUGGUGGCCACCGAUGCACGGGUGACGGUCUGCACUGGAGGGCUCCCUGCCCGUACCACGCCAGGAGUCCUAUCUGCGCCGACAGGAUCUGUGGCGGUGGCCACCGAUACCAGGGCGGCGGGCCGGGGUGGCGAGGAGCGGACCGGGUGUGGCACCUCAGUGUUGACAGGGAGGUCGUCAAAAGCCCUGACAAUCCGAGUCUCGGCCUGCCGGAGAGUGUCUCCCAUCAGUCUGCGUCCCAGAUGCUUCCUGGUCCAUGUGGAGGCCAGCUGGAAAGCGGGUCUCCAGUCCUCACCAAUAAAUUUGGUUAAUUUGUCCAUUUCCUGGUUUAUUGGGGGGUACAUUCCUCCUAAAAGCGUCCUGACGCUGAUUGCGUGUCUGCUUGGGACGGGCAUGAUUGCGGGGACGCCUUUGUGGGACGUGGAGGAGUGCGGGGACGCCUUUGUGGAUAAUGUUCAGGCCUAUAAUGUGUUUGAGGACGGGGAGGAUUGCGGGGACGCCUUUGGGGAUACUGUUCCGCUGGGGGGCGCUGUGGUGCUCCUCCUGGUGUGCGCCCUCCCAAUGGCGGCGUGUCCGCGAGUAGGGGCGAGGCUGUCGUUCAAAGUGGGAACGCUGGUCUCCCCGCGCCACCUCAGCAUAUGUUCUCUGGGGCUGCUGGUGGAAACGUUGAGGAUAAUGAUCAUCGCGGUCGUCGUAAUGGUCAUCAUCCCUGGUGUCAGGUUCAGGAGGCACCGAAGGGGAGAGCGAGAGCCGGCCCCCCGGAUAUCUGGUGCCCAACUUUACGAUCCAGAGGAGCUCCGCCCUGUGACGUUGGGCGAGGCUCCAUCUGGGGUUCAUCUCGAGGACAGUCACCCGGACGGAAGACCAACCGUGUCGGACAAAGUGCUGGACCAGCCCCUCCUCUUCAGGGCAGAGAAGAGGGCCUUCGAGGCCACCAGGAAGUCCUCCCGCCUGGUGCAGAUACGAUGA